AUGGAUUCGAACGUCAGAAACACAGACUCGCCAAGUCCUACAAUCGAUGACCCCCACACGUCGACCCAGAUACCUUCUAAUCGUUCAAUAUCACCAUUAACAAGAGUCCCCUUGGAAGAAAACGAACAGACCCCUGAUGCAAGACAGGAAUCAUAUUCAACAUUCGGAUCGUCCCUGAAUGGAACGUCAAGAAGUUAUACGGAAGAUAGUGCAUUUGGGGAUGCAGAGAAUGACGAACGACAACCGCUUUUGGUUGUUCGUAGUAGUGAAUCAGUUAAUGAAAUAGCGAAGGAGUACUUUAGUUUUGAAAACAACAAGGCAUUCGUUUAUACGAUAUUGGUUCUCUUGGGAUUGGGCUUUUUUUUCUACUUGACGUUUCAGCAACUGGACAGCUUAGUGAUGAUGGCCAUUGAUACAAAAUUUCAAGGUUUAUCAAUAAUGGAUUUGAAUAACGACGGACUUGACUUUCAUGUGCUAGGAUCCGUAUCCAUGCAUUAUGAUGACAUUGGUAAUCAUUUUUAUCGGUUUUUUAUGAAAUUUGCAUCCGUCAUCAUUGGAAGCGUUAUUGUUGUACCCAACGAUGCCGUUCAGUUAUUCGCUUCAUUGCAGGGAAGAAAUGAGUCGCUACAUGUACUAAACAUUUAUCCACCAGACAUACAAGUUGAUAUAGCAAAUAAUGCACUCACAGAAAUUGACUUUAUAAGUAAGUCAGAAUUGAUUAAAGAGAACAUAGUAGAGCUUCUCAAUACACUCGAAGAAGUAAACGACGAGGAAUUUGUUGUAAAAUUAACUGGCAUAUUUGACUCUACUAUUGAAUCCAAAUUAUUCGAAUAUUCUACAAAGAAUGCUAGAUUUUACUUUGAUUACAGUUUGAAUAAAACAGACUUAGCCCCAACAGUUUUGCUUGAUAAGUUGACUGUACAACAGCAUCCGGAGAAUAGCACGGAGAUUGAAUUCUACAGUACAAUUAGUAUGGAUAAUAAAUUUCCAAUAAAAGCUGAAUUGGAAGCGAUCGAUUGGGAUAUUUCUAUUGCAGGUUGUAAUAAAGAACUAGUCAAGCUUGGAGAGUGGCAUAGUUCGAGUUUAUCAAUACAACCUGAUUCCCCAGUGGAAUUUGAUGUUAAUGGGCUCAUACGGGAAAUCCCAGAUAAAUUGUUACAAGAUUGUAAUAAUAAUAUUACUAUAAUAAAUAAAUUGGUUCAGGACUACUUAAAAGGUAAAGCAACUGCAAUUAAUAUUAGUGCAUCGAACAAUAAAAAGAACCAGGAGAACUUACCAAAGUGGCUAUUAUAUGUAUUAAAAAAAGCAGGAUAUAAACUAUUGGUUAGUUUGCCGUAUUUCCAGGACAAUACUUUGAGAUACAUUAAAGAAUACGAUAUCAGCUCACUAUUUCUAGAAGUUUUAUCCCCAAAGUCCCGUGAGCUGUUCAGCUGUGCGUUGAGCUCUAAUGUCUCCAUGAUAACAACGUUUCCAGGGAUAUUUGACAUUACGUUCGGAGUUCCUAGGUUUCAAAAUAGCAUAUCAUUGAGAGAUGAAUCAGAAACCUUAAUGAAAGGUUGGUCAAAUACUAACAACACAAUGGACUUGCAUAGGUAUGAUGAUGAAAAUCUUUUGGAAUGGGAUAUAGCGCUGUCGAAUUUCGAGGCUGAUAGCGUAGGACCAGCAAGAUUGGGUAUAUUAGCAAACAAUCUACUUAAUGGAAACAAUAUAACAGACUCAAUAUACUUGGAUAUGAUACUUGAUGAAGUGGAGUUGUCAAUGCCCAUUCUAACCACUACCUUAAAACAUCUAAUUUUACCCAGCGUACAGUUGAACCCUCCUGUCGAAUCCAUCAACUCUAUUGGAGGUGUGAUUGAUACCCUCAACAUAACCGUUGACAAUAUUUUAUACGUUGACUCGAGUAAAGAAGAAUUAAGGUUGAUGAUCGACUGCAGCUUGUUGAAUCCCACCAAUAUCUCAAUAGAUGUUCCUGACGACACCAUCUCGCUACAGCUCACAUACAACGAUACAAUUAUCGGGAAUGUCAGCACAACCGACAUCUUGAUUCCCCAAACUGAUGAGUAUUUUAAAAUGACUUUCAACCUCAAUUUGAACACAACUACGACCCAUGGCAAGGUUAUGUUGGAAUUCCUUAUUGGCGAGUUUAUAUCAGGCUACGAGGACCUUUAUUUCUCAGUAGAGGGUACUAACACCUCCUCAUCCAACAACCAUGGCCUUAGCAACUUCUUAUCUCAAAUAGCGAUCAAUGAUAUUCAAGUACCCAACGUAUCAUUCUCGCCCCAUCAGGUGCAAAAUCUCCCCCAUCCACUUGACCACCACCCCAAACACCAGUCGCCCUUCCUCAUUGAUGCCACCAUCCACAUAUUCUCAUCCGAAUUGGAGCUAACACUCUUCAACCCUCUCGAAAAUGCCGAAAUUGCCGUCAAAAUAUACCAGGCGCAAGCUUCAUACGAGAAUACCAAGUUGGGCCAUGUACAACCGGAUCAGUACUUACUUAUUCCUCCAGGGGUAUACACAACACCUCGCAUCCCGUUUGUCAUGGAUAGUAACAUAGGAAUGGACAUCUUGCGUAAAGCGCUAAACGGAACCUUGCGGGUCCAAGUUCUAGCGGUAUUCAAGGCAAUCAUUGGUGAGUUCGACCUUCUGUUACUAUAUGAGGGUAGUAAUCUCUGUGCAGCCAUCCGGUGGUAG